CGCGCGCGUCACGACCGACCGACCGACGCGCGCGGUCUCGCGACGAAGACGAAGGUAAAGACGCUUUCAGCGCCGCGCCCUUCGUGCGAACGACGACGCCGACGACGACGGAAGAGAGACGCGAACCAUGCGCAUCCAAAUCAAAGGCGGCGUGUGGAAAAACACCGAAGAUGAGAUCUUAAAGGCGGCGGUGAUGAAGUACGGCAAGAACCAGUGGCCGAGAAUCGCGUCGCUGUUGAAUCGGAAGUCGGCGAAGCAGUGCAAAGCGCGAUGGUUCGAAUGGCUCGAUCCGAGCAUCAAAAAGACGGAGUGGACGCGGGAGGAGGACGAAAAGCUGCUGCACCUGGCGAAAUUGAUGCCGACGCAGUGGAGAACGAUCGCGCCCGUGGUCGGACGGACGCCGAGUCAGUGCUUGGAGAGAUAUGAGAAGUUACUCGAUGCGGCGUGCGCGAAGGAUGACGAUUACGACGCCGGAGAUGAUCCGAGAAGACUGCGUCCGGGGGAAAUUGACCCUAACCCAGAGACGAAGCCGGCGAAACCGGAUGCGGUGGAUAUGGAUGAAGACGAGAAGGAGAUGCUCGCUGAGGCUCGAGCGAGACUUGCGAACACGAAGGGUAAAAAAGCGAAGCGAAAAGCACGGGAGAAGCAGUUGGAGGAGGCGAGAAGGUUGGCUGAGUUGCAAAAGAAGCGCGAACUGAAGGCGGCAGGAAUCGCACACGUGCGGCGCGCAAAGCGCGUUCGAGGCGUGGAUUACAACGCCGAAAUCGCGUUUGAACGAAAGCCGGACGCAGUGAUGUACGAUACGCGCGAAGAAGACGAAGCAUUUGCAAAGCAGCAAUCUGCAAAGGUGUUUAAACCAAUUUCGCUCGCCGAGCUCGAAGGGAAGAAGAGCGCAAAGCAAUUAGACGAAGAGAGCAAGAAGCGUGAGGCGGCGAAACAGAAAAUGCAAGAGCGUCGCGAUAUGCCCGGUGCAGUACAACAAGCGCUCAAAGUGAACGACGCGUCGUUUUUUCGACGAUCGAAGCUCAUGUUACCGACGCCGCAAGUGUCUGACCGAGAGCUGGAGGACAUCGCAAAGAUUGGCAAAGGAGGCGUCGGCUUGCUCGACGACGGCAGCGCGACGCCUGCAUCUGGGCUAUUAGGAUCAUACGGGCAAACGCCGGCGACCUCGUCCGGAUUAGCCGGGCGAACGCCGAUGCGAACGCCUCAAGUCGGGGGCGACGCGAUUUUGAUCGAGGCCCAGCAGCAAGCCGCCCGACGUCAACAACAGUCGACUUUAUUCGGUGGUGCUGAAGAGGCGGCGGCCGUCAUGCCCACUGACUUUGCUGGUGCGACGCCAAGCCACGCGAAAGCGGCACCGACGCCGUCGCGAAGUGAUGUGAGCUCGCACAUGGGCGCGACGCCGUCACUGCACGGGCAAACGCCCAUUCGCGACGGAUUGAACAUCAACGACCAGUAUGCCUCGCACUUCGGCGAUCUCUCGGCGCGAGAGCGACGUGCACACACUGCGUCGACUGCUGCCUCAUUGAAGAGUGCGUUCAUGUCGCUUCCGAAGCCACAAAACGAAUAUCAAAUUGAUCUCCCAGACGAGCCGAUGGAAGACGAGCCGAUGGAGGACGCCGUCGUGGAAGAUGAAGCCGACGUUCGUGCGCGCGAAGCCGCGGCCUUGGCGGAGUAUGAAGCGAUUCAACGCCGUAAGCGCUCCCAAGCUGUCCAGCGCGAUUUACCUCGACCGACUGAGUUGACGCCAGUCGCGCCGCUCGCCGAGGAUUCGAUUUCGAAGCUCGUCAACGAAGAGGCGCACGCCUUGCUUGAGAACGACAUCGCCAAAUAUGGCAAGAAGUCCAAGUCCGCGCCCGCACUCGAAGAUUUUGACGAAUCUUUGCUCGUGGCGGCCCGUCGACUCGUCGAUACGGAGGCUGAUGAGAUGUUGCGAGAGCAAAACGUGUCGAGAGAAGAUUUCGCCGAAGCCUUCUCCGCUGCGCUCGUCGCGGAGCGGAAGAAACUUAUUUUCGUACCGAGUCUCAAUGCGCAGAUCUCUGUCGAUGAAGCGUCGAAAGAACAACAGCUCGAAGCGGCAAAAGCGACUUUCGAACUCGUUAGAGGGGAAAUGGAGAAGGACGCAAAACGCGCAGCCAAGUUGGAGCAAAAAUGUAUCCUCCUCACGGCCGGGCUUCAGAAGCGGAAUGGAGAAUUGUGCAACAAACUGAAGAAGACUGUGGAGGAAGUCAAGGCUUUGUCCACUGAGGCGGCGUCUUACGCCGUUUUGCACGUGCAAGAAGAACGCGCAGCGCCUAAUAGAAUCGAAUACUGGCUCGAGCUUGUGGAAGCCGCGCGAACGCGCGAAAAGCUUCUUCAAGAGAAGUUUGAGACCCUCACGCGACAGUUGAACGCGUAAC